CUCGGGCCCGUUGUCUCAUCUCUCUCGGUGCCGCCGCGUCUCCUUCCCCCAAACCCUACCAGCCGCGGCAGACGCCAGCCCGCCACUCCAGGAGCGACCCGCGCCCUCCCCCCUUCCUCCCUACGCAAGGCCGCAACCACGCCGGCACGCUGCCCCUCUCCGAUCCACCUCGCCUGCAGCCGCCGCAAAACCCCUCUUAGAACCCACCGGGAGAAAGCGGAAAAGCGGGGGAAACAGAGGGCGAUGGCGUCGUCGGAGGGGGAUACGAACCGGCUGUGGCGCAUCCGGCGCACGGUGAUGCAGAUGCUGCGCGACCGCGGCUACUUGAUCAAUGAGGCCGAGGACAUCGGCCUCAAACGGGCGGCCUUCGUGGAGAAAUACGGCGACCCCGUCAGCCGCGAAGCCCUCGCCUUCAACCGCUCCAAGAAGGACGAGCCCGCAGACCAGAUCUACGUGUUCUUCCCGAACGAGGCCAAGCCCGGCGUGAAGACGAUCAGGAACUACGUCGAGAAGAUGAAGCAGGAAAAAGUCUUCGCCGGCAUACUCGUCGUGCAGCAGGCGCUCAGCGCGUUCGCACGCAGCGCCGUACAGGAGGUCUCCCAGAAGUACCAUCUGGAGGUCUUCCAGGAAGCUGAGCUUCUUGUUAACAUUAAGGAGCAUGUCCUGGUGCCGGAACACGAGGUCCUGACACCGGAGCUGAAGAAGCAAGUGCUAGAGCGAUACACCGUGAAGGAAACCCAGCUCCCCCGGAUUCAGAUUACAGACCCAAUAGCAAGAUACUACGGCAUGAAGCGUGGGCAGGUUGUGAAGAUCAACCGAUCCAGUGAAACUGCUGGAAAAUACAUCACCUACCGCUACGUUGUCUGAGCUUCCCCUACAUUCUCAUGGCUUGAGCUUCUGCCGUGAACCAUCACCAAGUGAAAAUUUCCCCCUAGCUUCUAAUCUCGCUGUGUAUUUCGAAACAUUGUUACCGCUGAGAAGCUGAAGUGCCUUUAAAGUGCUCUGGUGCUUUUCCCUGAGAACUGAUUGACGUUAGGCCGUUUUAGCACAAGAAUUAGUUUUCCUGUAGCAGUAGCUGUGUUCCAUCUCUGAAAUCAUUGCUUCGAUUUGAAGAGGACAAGCUUUGACCCGUAUCGGCUUCCAGUUGCCAGGAUCGUGUUAUUCACGCCCCUUGGAGGCCACUGUUUUUGUCUGAGUGGUAGUCUGGUUUGUCCUUA